AGCCGUGAUGGCGGCGGAGCGGGCGGCGGCGGCGACGCGGACCCAGCCGCCCCCCGCCGGGGCUCCUCCCGCUCCCGGUCCCGCUCCUGGAUCCAGUCCCGGUCCUGAACCGACGGGCCGCGGCGGGUUGAGCCUGCCCGGUAUCCUACACUUCAUCCAACACGAAUGGGCGCGUUUCGAGGCCGAGAAGGGGCGUUGGGAGGCGGAACGGGCCGAGCUCCAGGCGCAGGUGGCCUUUCUGCAGGGCGAGCGCAAGGGGCAGGAGAACCUCAAGACGGACCUGGUGCGACGCAUCAAGAUGUUGGAAUACGCCCUCAAGCAGGAAAGGUCCAAGUACCACAAACUGAAAUUCGGCACCGAGCUGACGCCGGGGGAGAAGAAACCGGAGGGGACGGAGCCGGUGUCCAACGGCCCCGCCGAGGUGCCAUCGCUGGAGGGUGGCCCGCUGGCCUGGAAGGAGGGACGGCAGCUGCUGCGGCAGUACCUGGAGGAGGUGGGGUACAGCGACACCAUCCUGGACAUGCGGUCGCGUCGCGUCCGCUCGUUGUUGGGCCGCGGCCCCCCGGUCCCCCCGACCCCCGGCAGCCCCCCGGCCGCGGAGUCUCUGCUGGUGCGACGGAUCGAGGAGCAGAUCCAGAGGAACGCCGGGAAGGAGUCGGAGGAGCGGGGGGGCGGCGGGGGGGGCCUGGAGCCGGUUCCCUUCCCGCCCGGCGGCGAGGACGAGGACAGCGACGAGGACGAGGACGCCGAGAGCCUUCCUCCCUCCGUCCAGCCCCAGCACAAGAAGCAGCGAGUCAAGGUCACCCCCAAACCCCUCCUGCCCGAGGUGGAGGAUGAGGAUGACGACGAAGACUCGGAGGACGCCCUCAACGAGUUCGACUUCCUGGGUUCCGGGGAGAACGGGGCCGGCCGACGUGCCGGGGAGAGCGUGGAGCUCGAGAGUCGCCGGGGCCGGUUGCGGGGGAUGCUGGCCGACCUGCGGGACGUGGACGGGCUCCCGCCGAAACCCGUCGGCGCGGGGCCGCCGCGGCCUCACGAAGGAUCUCUGGGCAUCUCCUCCGACGUCUUCAUCAUGGACAGCAUCGGCGGCGGCGCCGUCAGCCUGGGGGACCUGGCCGACCUGACCGUCACCAACGACAACGAGCUCAGCUGCGACGUCCCCGAGGGCCGGGACGCCCUGAAGAAGACGUGGAGCCCCAAAUUCACCCUGCGCAGCCACUACGACGCCGUGCGGGGUCUCGCCUUCCACCCCUCCGAGGCCGCCCUGCUCACCGCCUCCGAGGACGGCACCCUCAAACUCUGGAACCUCCAGAAACCCGUCGCUCCCAAAAAGAACGCGGCGCUGGACGUGGAGCCGGUGUACGCUUUCCGUGGGCACAGGGGCCCGGUGCUGGCCGUCGCCAUGGGUCGCGACAGCGCCCUGUGCUGCAGCGCCGGCGUGGACGCCCGCAUCCGCCGCUGGCGCCUGCCCGACCUCGACAUGGAUCCCUACGACGGUUACGACCCCGGGGUGCUCAGCGGCGUCCUGGACGGCCACGGUGACGCCGUCUGGGGUCUGGCCUUCAACCCCGCCGGCGACCGGCUGGCCUCCUGCUCCGCCGACGGCACCGUCCGCAUCUGGGACCCCCGGCGCGAGGACGGCGCCUGCCUCAGCACCUACGACGCUCAGAGCGAACACGGCGUCCCCACCUCCGUCACCUUCUCGGCCACCCAACCGGGUCACGCCGUGGCGGCUUUCCGGACGGGCGCCGCGGUUCUUUACGACGUAGAGGCUUCUCGACCCGUCUUGACGCUCGAGGCCCGACCGGGCGGCGGUGGCAGCCAGGUCAACCAGGUGGUGAGCCACCCCUCGCAGCCCCUCACCAUCACCGCCAGCGACGACCGCGGCAUCCGCUUCCUCGAUAACCGGACAGGUAAAGUCGUACACUCCAUGGUGGCCCACCUGGAUGCCGUCACCUGCCUGGCCGUCGAUCCCAACGGCGUCUUCCUCAUGUCCGGCAGUGAGUGGCCUUGUCCCCAAAUCCCUGUCCCCAAAUCCCUCUCCCCUGUCCCCAAAUCCCCAAAUCCCUCUCCCCUGUCCCCAAAUCCCUGUCCCUAAAUCCCUUGUCCCCAAAUCCCUCUCCCCUGUCCCCAGAUCCCUGGUCCCCAAAUCCCUCGUC